AUGGCCCAAGCCCUCGCGCUGCAGCUGAGAAGUGUGACCGAUCGGCAGGUGCUACAGCCGCAAUCCGCGACUGCUCCUGCCACAACCCACUACGUCUGUCUCACCUUCCGCCACAAUAAUCAUAUUAUGGAGGAAAAUAAGUGUAAAUAUACGGGUAACGAUUUAGAGAGAGCUGUGACUGAGGUGCGCGAGGGAAAGUCGUACCGGGAAGCCUCGAGGGGUUCCGGCGUGCCGGUGACUACGAUAAGGGAUGCCGUAACAAAUCGCUACGACUCCCAGUCAAAGGGAGCUCCACCAAUCUUCACUGCUGGAGAGGAAGACAUGAUCGUGAAGUGGGUGCUAUCCAUGGCCGCGGCAGGUUUUCCGGUGGGGGAAAAGCAGCUAAUCCUCUACGUUGCUAAAUUGGCUGAGAAGCUCAAGAAAGAUGCGUUUAAAGAUAACGGUCCAACUCGCGGCUGGGUGAAGCGUUUUAUGAAACGGCACCCCGAAUUGGUGAAGAGGACGGCCAACAAUGUGGCGAAAAAGAGAGCCAUUACCGAAGCAGAUGUGCGAGGGUGGUUCGCUGAGAUCCUCGCGUAUGCGGCCGCUAACAACGUUGAAAAUGUUUUGGCGGAUCCAAAGGAAUCAAAGAACGUUCAGGCUCUGUCCUCCAACAGUGACAAGGAAAACUAUACUGUCCUGAUUUCGGCUUCAGCUGCUGGUAAGCUAGCACCACCGUUGAUACUGUUUCCGUACAAAUCAAGAUUACCAGCCCAUAUUGUAAGCAGCGUGCCGAAAGGGUGGGCAGUUGGGCGAUCCGAAUCAGGUUGGAUGAACUCAGAAGCGUUUUUUGAGUAUAUCGCGAAUGUGUUUUAUCCAUGGGCAUUGAAGGAAAAGGUGAAAUUCCCUUUAAUUCUGUUUGUGGACGGACACUCCUCCCACACUUCUUUUGAGACAAUUGAGUUCUGUAAGAAGAACGGAAUAAUAUUAGUGUCGCAUAUCCCGAACGCCACCCACGUAAUGCAACCACUUGAUGUAUCAUUUUUCGCUCCUUUGAAAAACGCUUGGCAAGAAGUGGUUAAGCAGUGGAGGUUCGAAAACGAUGGUGCAAUGAUAUCUAGAGCAAAUUUUGCUCCAUUAUUGGAGAAAGCAAUAGAUAGCUUGGAAAACAAGGACACAACGCUGACCAACGGAUUCAGAAAAUGUGGGUUAUACCCAUUCGAUGCAGAUGCCAUUGACUACAAAUCGUUUCCCAAACCCCUGGAAAACCCAUCGGCAGCUCCAGCCACGUCUUCAGCAAAAAUUGGAUCAGAAGAAGACUUAUCAGACGCCAACGAUGCUCCAAUUCCAGAGAAUAGAGGUUUCCUUGAAUCAUUAAAUUCUAGAUUGUCUUCCGAGAAACUGGACGCUUUUCGAGCAAAUCGAAACAAUCUCGUCUGGUCUGGACCCGUAGAAGAUCGAAGGGCCACCCAAAUUCAUGGUGAUUGA